UGGAACCGAAGCCCGGUCCUUCAGGAGGUUCUCCCCCUUUACUCUACUCCGGGUUUUCGGGGUGCCCAUCAGCGCGGCUUCUCACAGCCGCUCGCUGGUUUUUACUCAACUCUAUAUCACUCUGCUGGCAUGGUGAAGAAGCGGACCUGAUUUGAUGGUGGCAGCCUGGAGCCACUGACUGCAGACUUCCGCCCCUGGUUCUCAUAUCCGCGUUUUGCGCCGUCUGUUAAACUCUAGUUGCCUCACAAGCGGACUACCGAGGGCGCUUGUGCUCUUUUACUAACUCGGCACCAUAUUAUUCACCGGGAUUUCUUUCAAACCAGGAACAUAUGAGAUGCAAGUUCACUGGGAAACUCCGGAGCCUGUUCGGUUUAGGCAGCAAAACUUUUUCUCCAAGGACAACAGUGUAGAGCAGCGACAGGACCGUUGCUGCCGCCGCGGCUCCUCUGCGGGACGGUCUGUGUACAUAUGACCGGAGACUAACCUUUAUACUGUCGCUUUAUCGUUUUUACCCCCGGAGUUGGUGUUAUUGUUUUUCUUAGCAGCGUGGCAGCAGCUGUAUUGCUUAAUGCAGUUAUGAGCUUGUUUUACGUUUCACUCAGGUUGAGUGGUAUUUGUGUUUGUAUAGAGCCGGAGACUCGGUCGGUCGCGACUCCUCCGUGGCUCGCAGCCCUUUAAACCCUCGCGGUGUUCGGCCGCCUCGGCGGCUGCUUGUCGCUCGCACCUUCCGGAAGACACGCGCAGACCGGGAGGACACAGAGAGGUGGAGGUGGCCGGAGGACUCAAGAGGAGGUGGCGGAGGAGAGCCUGACUGGGAGAAAAGUUCCUCCAAAAUAGCAGCCCCUCGGCGCGGUGAUGGGGGACUUCGCCUCCCCCGCUGUCGGACCCAACGGCAGUAUCUGCAUCAACAACAGCAUGAACCCGGCCAGCGGCAGCGUGGUGCCCGCCGGAGCGGUGGGCAUACCUAAGCACAGCACGGUAGUGGAGAGGCUGAGGCAGCGGAUAGAGGGCUGCCGGAGACACCACACAAUCUGCGAGAACAGGUACCAGCAAGCGCACUCCGAGCAGCUGGAGCUGGAGCGCAGGGACACCGUCAGCCUGUACCAGCGGACCCUGGAGCAGAGGGCCAAGAAGUCGGUCGGCGGUGGCGGCAGCAAGCAGCCCCAAAUCAAGCAGCAGCAGCAGCAGCAGGACCCGGAUUCUGCGUCCUCCACGGAGCAGAGGAACAACACGCUCAUAGCGCUCCAGGAGACGGUGAAAAGGAAACUGGACAGCGCACGAUCACCCCUGAACGGUGACCAGAACGGCAUCUGUGAUGGCAGCAGCUACUCGCCAACGGGAAAACGGGUCCUAAAGGACGGCCCCGGCGGUUUAGACUCUCUAACGGGUCUCCCCAAGAACAAUAAUAAUAAUGUGCCACCCAUUUCUCCUCUGCAUCAUCAAAUGGACAUUAAGCCUAUACUGACUGGGCCCAACACGUCCACCGGCAACACUACAAACAGCAACGGCACCCAUAUGGGCAGGGCGUCCGACGAUCUGGGGAAGAACGGUGGCAACCACCUGCAGGACAUGAAGCUGAACAGCUCCCUGGACCUGGAGGACAGUUUCAGCCUCCUCAAGGACCUGAAACAAGAGCCGCUGGACGAUGGGGCCGGAAUGGAGUCCAGCGAGCCGCAGUCCCUGUCUAACCAGAACAAACUGUUCUCCGACAUCAACCUCAACGACCAGGAGUGGCAGGAGCUGAUUGAUGAGCUGGCCAACACCGUGCCAGAGGACGACAUGCACGACCUCUUCAACGAGGACUUCGAAGAGAAGAAAGAGGCGGAGUUUGGCAGGCCAGCAAACAGUCAGGCCGAAGCCCCGCACGAAGCUGCUGGGAGUACAACGCCCGGUGUUGGGGCGGCGUCAACGGGAUCCUUACCCCCUCCUCCGCAGGGGGUCCCACAGGUUCCCAUUGGUUCACCACAGGUGCGACCGUCAUCAUCGGGGCCCCAGUUUGCAACCACCGCCAAUGGGACCCCUCCCCAGCAACCUCUGCAGCAGUCUCCAGCUGUUGCUAUGCCGUCAGGUUCACCGUUGCACAACUGCGUAGCUCGCUCACCUCAGACUCCAACUCAAGCUCAGACUCAAGCAGUCUCCAGGCCUGGGAACGGUUACAUGAUGAACCCAGUUAAUCAGAUGGGGUCAGGAGGCGGCCCAGGCGGGGGUGGUCCAGGUGGGAGUGGCCCAGGUGGGACUGGCCCUGGAGGUCAGCCUGUGGGCCCGGUCACACCUGAACUUUCUCCAGCAGAGCAGCUAAAAGCAAUAGCCCAGCAUCAUGCUCACCACAGCAAGAUGAUGCAGCAUAAGCAGCAGAAGCAAGCAGCUAACUGGUCACCAGUGGGUGCUCCAACCAGUCCCUUCAACUCUGGUCCCUUUAAUCAAGACAAGCCCAACAGCCCCAUGAUGUAUCCAUCACAAGUCUUUAACACACCACAGGGCCCUCUGGUGGCUGGGAUGGCUUCCAACAAUGGGCCGAAAGCACCCAUGAACAACUACCUCCCUCACAACCCCAUGGGCAUGAUGGGACAGCAGCAGCCAAACAGCAUAAACCAGAACGCUCUGUCCAAACAACAGACACAACAGCAGCAGCAGACAGCCGCCAUGCUGUCCUACAACAACACAAAACCGCUCAGUCACUUCAGCGGCAGCGGCGUGGACCACAUGGGUCAGAGGAUGACUCCGCCCAUGGCGGGGAACAGUCAAGUCAAGAACCCCAUGAUGCCGCCGUACAUGGGAGGCGCCGGAGGAGGAGGUCAGGGGCCGGGGCAGACGCAGGGGCCGAUCCCCGGACAGACAGCCCACCCGGGGGAGGAGCACAAGAGGAUGCUGUUGAUGAAGCAGAAGGUGUUGAACCAGAACAUGCCCUACACCUUGCAGCCUCAUGGCCAGGAGCAAGGCGUGGUGGGAAUGUCCCGGCCACCAGGUGCAAUACCCCCUCCUCACCCAGCUGGGGGCAUUGCCUCUGGCGUGGGCCCCAGCCAGGGGUCAGGUCCACCUCCAGUCUACCCCAGCAACCAGCAGGCGGCCAUGAUGAAGCAGAUGAUGGUGAUAGAAGAGAAGAGGAUGCAGAUGCAAAUGAUGGAGCAGCAGAAGAUCCAGAGGCAGCAUCUUCUGGUCGAACAGCUCCAGCAGCAGCAGCAUCUCCCCAGACAGUUGGGCCAGGGCCAGAGGAAUCCAUACCCCCAAGUCAAUCAGUACCAAGGUCCUCCACAAGAUCUGGCAUCCAGAAACCAAUCGCUCCAAAAUAUGCGGUCCUCUCGUCUCCUCCAGCAGCAGCAGCACAACCAGCAGCAGAUGGUCCAGAUGAAUUCUGUUCAGGCUCAAGGUGGCCCAGUGGGACCUCAAGCCGACAUGGGACUAUCCUAUGGCACCCAGGGGUCCAACCAGGGUGCCUUAUAUGGCCUCAACCCUUCAAUGAGCCAAAUGAUCCACCAGCAGCAGCACCAGAACCAAAGCGUCCAAGCCUCCAUGGGUCUUCCACCGCAGCACAACCCUGCCGGAGGGCCUCCUCGGCAGGCAGGUGCGGGUCCUGGACUUGGAGGUAUGCCCGGGGGCCCCGGGAGCGGCGGGGCUGGAGCUUAUGGAGGGCAAGGGAUGUUAAUGAACUCCAUAGCUCAGCAGCCCCUCAAAGGCCCCCCCAAAGCCCAGUCUCAGAGACUGCAAAGCAUGCUAGGAGGCGGAGGAGGUGGAGCGGGGAUGGCAGCUGGCGGCUGGCCGCAGCAGCAAGGACAAGGUCUGCAGGCCAUGGGGGGAGGAGUCGGAAGGACUACAGGAGGAGCCGGAGGAGAUAUGGUGGGGUUCACCUCCUCCCAGGGUUACGGUAUGCAGCCGGGUCAACCUCCACGUAUGACUAAGCAACACUUUCCAGGUUCUGGACAGGCUGGCCAGGGAAUGGACCCCAGAGUGGGCAACCCGGCUGCAAGUAUGGGCAGCCCAAUGAUGCGCCCUCACAUGGGCAAUCAGCCGAGGACCAAUCAGCCCCGACCCAUGGUCAUGAACCAGGGGAUUAGCCAAGGGAUGAUGGCUCAGGGGAUGUCUGGGAUGGGAGCUUUUGGGCCGGGUCCAGGAGGCCCAGGAAUAGGGGGAGGAGGAGGUGGACCCUAUGGACCAGGAGGAGUUGCAGUUGGGGGUCAGCCACAGGGCUACCAAAGGACAACCAAUCAGGACAUGUCAUCCUAUGGGUACGGGGGCGGUCCCUCAGGAGGGGGAGCCUUUGGUUUGGGUGACGGAUCGGGGGCGGAGCUGGACUCGGGUGACGGGUGGAUGGACGAGCUUUUCCAGAACCAAUAGCCAAUGGGGAACAUUUUCAGAAUGAACUCAACUUUGGGACAUAACCUGAGAAAGUCCAACAGAAAGGAAGACAUGACAAAGACUGGCAUGUUUUGUUUUGUAAAACAUGAGAGAGAUUAUAAAUAAGUUCUGGUAUUAUGUUUUCUGUGUGUGUGUGUGUGUGUGUGUGUGUGUGUGUGUGUGUGUGUGUGUGUGUGUGUGUGUGUGUG